GGAUGACAGCGGCGGUGGAUGGCGGCGGUGGUGGAUGGCGACUCCGCUCAGAUAGUGAUGGCCGAUGUUUUUGCCCUCUCUCAUUGCACGAUGUUUUCCGUUUUUUUUUUCGAAACCUCUCGUCGGCUUUAGAAGCAAUUAAUUAUACUUGAAGGAUAAAAUUGGAAAAGCAAACCCUUUUUAGUCCUACGAAACAUCACUCACGUUUCUAGUCCUAUUUAUGCACAUGAAACUAAUUUUAGUCUUAUAUAGGUCAUUAACUCUUAUGAAUUUUAUCCUUUGUAGAGAUCUUCUCAAAGUUUAAAAUUGAAAAGAAAGUAAAAUGGGCCAGACUACGCACAAAAGUGGUUGAUUAGAAGUUACCACCACCUCGUAAAUAUGUAGCCCAUUAUAAAAGCCGAAUUGUACAAUUUAAAGCCCAAAACUGAAAAUUUUUCUUGUUUACGUGGAUCGCCUCGAUUCACAAACGAAGCGUGGAAUGCGGUCACGUUCCAGUCCUAGAGCUUCUUCCGUAUCAGCGUCCUGGACUGUGUUGAGGGCUUAACUUCUCAUUUCCCGAGCUUCGCAUCCCAGAUCCGCCGACUUCAUUUCCGGUGCCUCUCUCUCCUAUGGCACCUCUAAAGUGCCUUCUUUCACUCCAAAGGACUACUUUAGCUCGGUGUUGCAGUCAGAAGUGGGGCCUACACGUUAGAUUAUCUAGCACCCAAGCUGCAUCAACUGCUAAUACACCACAGCCCCCACCUCCUCCCCCGCCACCCGAAAAGACUCAUUUUGGUGGCCUGAAAGAUGAGAAUCGCAUAUUUACAAACCUUUACGGAUUGCAUGAUCCUUUUCUUAAGGGUGCCAUGAAACGAGGUGAUUGGUACAGAACAAAGGACCUCGUAUUGAAAGGCUCUGACUGGAUUGUCAAUGAGAUGAAAAAAUCAGGACUCCGAGGAAGAGGUGGUGCAGGUUUCCCAUCUGGUCUGAAAUGGUCCUUCAUGCCAAAGACUUCUGAUGGACGUCCUUCGUAUCUUGUGGUCAAUGCUGAUGAGAGUGAACCUGGUACUUGUAAAGAUAGAGAAAUAAUGCGGCAUGAUCCACACAAAUUGUUGGAAGGCUGUUUGAUUGCAGGAACGGGAAUGAGAGCUAGUGCUGCUUAUAUUUACAUAAGAGGUGAGUAUGUGAAUGAAAGAAAGAACCUCGAGAGGGCUAGGGAAGAGGCUUAUAAGGCUGGGCUUUUAGGGAAAAAUGCUUGUGGAUCUGGUUAUGAUUUUGACGUCCAUAUUCAUUUCGGCGCCGGUGCUUAUAUAUGUGGUGAAGAGACGGCUCUUAUAGAGAGCCUUGAGGGGAAACAAGGCAAACCUAGGCUGAAGCCUCCUUUUCCGGCGAAUGCAGGUCUCUAUGGCUGCCCAACUACAGUUACAAAUGUGGAGACGGUAGCUGUUUCACCAACCAUCUUAAGGCGCGGACCGGAGUGGUUUGCUAGCUUCGGGAGGAAAAAUAAUUCUGGGACAAAGUUAUUUUGCAUCUCAGGUCAUGUGAACAAGCCCUGCACGGUUGAAGAGGAAAUGAGUAUUCCAUUGAAGGAACUAAUUGAGAGGCACUGUGGUGGUGUUCGUGGUGGAUGGGACAAUUUACUUGCUAUCAUACCAGGAGGUUCAUCAGUCCCAUUAAUCCCAAAGAACAUAUGUGAGGAUGUUCUUAUGGACUUUGAUGCGCUCAAGGCUGUUCAGUCGGGUCUGGGCACUGCUGCUGUGAUUGUGAUGGAUAAGUCAACUGAUAUUGUGGAUGCUAUUGCGAGGCUAUCCUACUUCUAUAAGCAUGAGAGUUGUGGCCAAUGUACUCCUUGCAGAGAAGGCACACCAUGGCUUUGGAUGCUCAUGGAAAGAAUGAAGGUUGGAAAUGCAAAGCUGGAGGAGAUUGACAUGCUUCAUGAGGUGACCAAGCAAAUCGAAGGACAUACAAUUUGUGCAUUAGGCGAUGCUGCUGCCUGGCCAGUUCAAGGCCUUAUCAGGCACUUCAGACCAGAGCUCGAAAGGAGGAUCAGGGAGCGGGCAGAUAGGGAGCUACUGCUGGCUGCUGCAUCGUAACUAACUGUUUCGUUAAGGGGAUACACAUUUGUCUGCUCCGAACUACAUAAUAAGAUUUGUGACAGCCCGAGGUUGGAGCUAGUGCUGUCUACCUGACGGGAAGUGUAUUUUGUUGUUGUGGAAGCUGUGUAUAGACACUGACCUCAUCAGUGAAACUAUGGAUUUAAUUCCAUUCUGAUUUUACGGCGGUGUGGAUUAUGUCUCUUGUAAUACCCCCAAGAUGUUGGAGCACAAUUUGGCGCGUUUUAAGGGUUUUUCAUUUAUAAAUAAAGAACCUGCCUUCUGUCUACUCUACUCGUAGUUUAUAACAGUUCAACUCCAAAAUAUUUCAACAGUUUUUCUUUCUGAUUUGUUGUUUCUAUCGUCUUUAGUCAGUGUUUGAAUUCACUUCAUCAAUGCUAAUAUAUGGGCAUUUUCAGAAAUGCUCACUGACUUAAUAUAUCACCAGAUAUUCUCAGAAUCGUAUCAAGGAUUCAAACUUAAUA